UAAAUUUCGGUUCUUACCUUAAGCUCUGUCAAACCCGCCGCCCCAGCACUUCCUCACGGACCUCACCUCACCCAACACUCAAAUCCUAGCGCCGCACCGGACCGCCCAGCAGCAGCCUCCCCUCGCGCCACGCCGCCAGCAAUCGCCUCCGUUUCACGCCGGCACCAUCCCGCCUCCACGACCCCUGUCUCCAUUCCAAUAAGCUGAAGCUGCGUAUGAAAUUCAAAAAUAUGUGAAAUGUGGGAAUAUACUGUUUCCAACAAGUGAACCCUGAUGUCACAAGAGAAAAGCAAACAUCAAUCGAAGUGAAACCUUUCCCUGUUAUGCCGCAGAGCGCUGAAAUUGCAGACUGAUUAUGUGAUGGGGCAAAAGAAAUGUCAAGUGUGUGAGGACGCACAAUCAAAGUAUAAGUGCCCUACUUGCUUAAUAACCUAUUGUUCUUUGGCCUGCUUCAAGAAACACAAAGAAGUUCCUUGCCAGAAAGCAGAAUCUUUAAAGGAAGAAAAAGUUUAUCUUAGAACAACAAAUGAUAACCAACCACCUCAUGUGGAUGAGCCAAGUGAGGUGUUGCAAGAGUUGCAACUACAGUCUGUUGCUUCAUCCAAUGAAAUUCGUGAUUUAGUAAAGAAUGAAAAGCUUCAGACACUUAUAUACAACAUUGAUUGCUCUGUGGAUCCUGAGAAUGAGCUUGAUAAAGCCAUGGAGGAGGAAUCAUUUCGUCAAUUUGCAGAAAAGAUCUUGUCUACCAUUGUCCCUGACGCUUGAGUAUUCUGGUCGACUAUGAUUUUGCAACAAUAUCCUGGUUAGAUAUCACCGAACAUUUUGAGCACCAUAUGUGGGUUUUGAAAGCGGCUGUGGCGAUAGGGCUUCGAAGAGCGGUGGGAUAUCUUCAUUGAGCAUAAAUUCUGCAUGCAGGUUUUAUAAUUUUGUAUUAGUGUAUUUUAUGUUUCUGUUUUGCAAAUUUUGGAAUUUGUAAGUAUGUAAUAUCUACAUCCAUGGGAUAAUAGUUAUUGCAAUAGACAUAUACAUACAACGACCAAUAAAGAUUAGAAAAGUUUUGGGGAACA